AUGCGACAUCACGCAUUGGCAGCGGUCUUGGGUGCACCAUGGCCAAGUAUCGUCGGAGUAACAGCUACUCCUACCUAUGAUGCAAAGCCACCGUCACUCCAGCUGAGCAACGGGACUCUGAUCGGCUCAUACAAUCCUUCCUACCACCAAGAUUUCUUCCUGGGAGUCCCAUACGCGGCAAGUCCCACAGGGGAUGGUCGUUUGCGCAUGUCCACGCCACCCGAGGCCUGGAAAGGGACCAGAGUCGCCGAUUCGUAUGGUCCCUGGUGCUUUGGCAACUCUAUUGGGCUACAAGGCUUCUCCCAGAACAUGACCCAGCGUAUGAGUGAGGAUUGUCUACAACUCAAUCUCAUACGCCCUGCUGGCACUCGAGUAACGGACCGGCUGCCCGUCCUCGUCUGGGUCCAUGGCGGUGGCUGGCAGGAGGGAAGCCCCAACGACGACCGCUAUAACGGCUCCUUUAUCUUGAAAAGGUCGAAAGAUAUGGGGAUGCCCAUCAUGUUUGUCAGCUUCAACUAUCGGCUAGGGGUCUUUGGCAUGAUGGCCGGCUCUGCUGUCCGCCGGGCAAAUGUGACGAAUCUUGAAAACAUUGGCGCUUUUGGCGGCGACCCCUCACGAGUUACAGUCAUGGGCGAGUCGGCUGGUGCCCUGUCCAUCGGCUAUCACCUUCUCGCCUAUGAUGGUCGUGAUGACGGGCUGUUCAGCGUUGUAAUAACACAGAGCGGAGGCCCGUUCUCGGCCGACCCGGUUGGUCGUAACUACACUGAGCAAGAGGCUGAUUUUGAACUUGUGCUCAACAUCACUGGUUGUGCCGACUCCAAGAUUCCCCUGGAUUGUCUUCGUGGUGUCCCAGCCGAGGUAUUGAACGAAGCCAGCGCUCUCCUACCACCUUACUUUUUCGUCGACGGACAAUUAUUGCCGAACAGCAGCAUGGAUUCUCAAGACCGCCCCUUCGUCCGAGUUCCGCUAUUGACGGGUACGACUCGCAAUGAGGGAACAUCCUUCACGCAGCAGAGUUUAGCAUCACCAAUCAACACCGACCAAGAUUUCCAAACGUUCAUGAGGUCUGUCUGGGGUGGAGGGCCUAUCCGGGAUGAAUUGGUUCAAGAAUGGACGCACUUGUACCAGGAAGAAGUCGACAACUCUUCUGCGGGUGGUCUCGGAACUGUCAAGCUCAACCCGGGACCUAGACUAGGCGCCCUGUAUGGCAAGGCCACACUCUGGAUGGGCGACAUGAUGUUCACUGCCGGACGACGCUUUGCGAACCAGGCAUGGGCCGAACGGGGCGUACCCAGCUACAGUUACUUGUUCGACGCUGUCCCGGCCAACGUUGACGCCAAGACACUCGGAGCCCCCCAUUUCCAGGAGAUACCCUGCGUUUUUGGAAACAUACACGGCAACGGAUGGAUCAAAGACCCCUUUCCGAAAGAGCCAGAUCGAAGGCACAGACACCUUAAACUGGCAGAGAUUAUGAGUAGUAUGUGGAUCAGCUUUGCCGUGACACACUCGCCCAACUUUCACCAAGUUCCGGAAUGUGGCACGGCAUGGCCAAUUUAUAGCAAGGAGUCGCCCGUCAACAUGGUCUUUACUGCCGACGAGGGUUGUCAGUUGCAGUCGGAUAUGUGGCGCACAAGGGCGAUAGAGACGGUUUCUGAGUUGAUUCUUAAUGUUAGGUCAUACCUUGGCUGA